AAACUAAAUUCGAUUACUCGUGUUGUUGGUAAGUAUCGAAAUCGGUGUUUCGAUAUAAAUCUACAUUUUCGACAUCCCCACCAGCGACAGACGUAGUCGUUCGAAAAUAAGAAGCGGACUAACAUACCAAUAUUAAACACGAAAACAUGCCCAAAUAAAAGCCUACGCCGGGAAAAGCGAAAUACGAGUGUUUUUUGCAAUUAUUUAUAAAUAUUAAAGAAAAAAGUAGCCCGCGAUCGGUUGGUAAUUUUCAAUAAAAGUGCGCUCUUUCCUUGCAAUUGGAAGCUUUUCGCCGUCGCGGUUUUUGUUUGGUUUCCUUUAGCUUUUUUGUAUUUAUUUUGAAUUUUUUUUUUGAUUGUCGACUCCAGUCAAGUGCCAAUUUGAAGUCUAACGACACCGGGGAAAUAUGACACAGCAGAGCUUCGGUUGCCUGGUAAAGUGGUUCUAUCUGGUGCUGAUCGUGCACACGCUCCUCUGCAUCGGCCAACUGGAGUGUCGUCAGUCGCAACACAAUCGCAAUCACAACAACAACAACAACAAUAACAACAGACGAUCCGGCGGAGAUUCAUCCAGUUCGGAGGAGCAGCAUGGCAAUACCAGCGACGGAUUGGACAACAACUUCACGGACAACGACAGCGGCGGAGUGCCCCAUCGCCAGAGGAAUCAGCGAAAGAAGCAACAGGGCGGCGGUGGAGGGGGCGGGGGAGGUGGCGGUGGGGAUCGGAACGGGGGCAACCACCGUCACAGCCGCCCCGAGGAGAACGGCGUCUCCUUGUGGAUUAACGAGCAGCAACUCAAGAUGCUAACUGCGAUGUACUUCCCGCAAGGCUACUCCGAACGCCUGUACGCCAUCGACAAUGGACGGGUGACGAACGAUUUGCGGGACACGACGCUGUACAACUUCCUGGUGAUUCCAUCGGAGGUGAACUACGUGAACUUUACGUGGAAGUCGGGCCGACGGAAGUACUUCUACGACUUCGAUCGCCUCCAGACGAUGGACGACAGCAUCCUGAAGGCACCGACACUAUCGAUACGGAAGAGCGGAAGGAUACCGCAGGAGCAGAAGAAUUUUAGCAUCUUCCUGCCCUGCACCGGCAACAGCUCCGGCACCGCGUCCUUCAACGUGGGCCUCAAGAUCCAGACGCGCCACAACAAGUCGCUCUCGGGCACACCCAUCCGCCUCAACUUCAAAAAGGAAUGCGCCCACAGAGGUGUGUAUGAUAUAGACGCUUCCAACCCUACUUCACUAACAACUUUGCAAGCUCCCGAUCCAGAAUGCAGCUUGAAGUGCGGCAAGAACGGCUACUGCAACGACAAGCACAUCUGCAAGUGCAACGUCGGCUACACGGGUCAGUAUUGCGAGACGGCGUUCUGUUUUCCACAAUGCCUCAACGGUGGCAACUGCACGGCUCCGUCCGUCUGCACCUGUCCGGACGGCUACCAGGGCACCCAGUGCGAAGGUGGUAUUUGCAAGGAGAAGUGCCUGAAUGGCGGCAAGUGCAUACAAAAGGACAAGUGCCAGUGCUCCAAGGGCUACUAUGGCCUGCACUGCGAGUACUCCAAGUGCGUGAUUCCCUGCAUGAACUCCGGAAGGUGCAUUGGCAACAAUCUGUGCCGCUGUCCGAGUGGAUUCAAUGGCAAUCACUGCGAGAUCGGACGCCAGCAGCGUUCCAUUUGCAAGUGCCGGAAUGGAACCUGUGUCAGUCACAGGCGCUGCGUAUGUGAUCCGGGCUUCUAUGGACGCCACUGCAAUGCGCGCAAGAGACGCCAUGCCCGUCACUGAAAAUGAGACACCUGGGGGACAUGACAUCGCAUGUGCUAUUGUAAUAUUCAUUGCAACUUGAACUUCUGUCUAUAAGAGAAAAAAAACACUUUUCACAACAAAAAAUGAAACAAACAAACGGAUGAAACAAAAAUAAUACUAAUUGUGAUACGAAUUUUUGUGUAAUUUAACAUUUUUAAAUAAAAACGAAAUCUUAGAAGA